AUGGCGAACAUCCAAGCAGGACUACCUGUCAGCGUGACGGAACUCUCCUCUUUCGUCCACCACACGACUCAGGGUCUGUCCAACAGGGUGUCAGAUGGCAGCCUGCUGGACAUAAUGAGACACCUCAAGGCCAUGAGAGACAGACAGAUCAGCAAUGAAGACUUCAAGCCUCUCAAAUCCACAGCUCAGCUUCUCAAGACCUACGGACAACAACUGCCGGAGAGCGUCUCCGCACAGCUGGAAGAGCUGCCGGAGAAGUGGAAGAGUUUGAAGAAAAUGUCUUCCAGGGUCAAACAUGAAGUGGCGCCGCUGCAGUCGAAGGAAGUGUCGGUCGUUCGCAGGAAAUGUGUCCGUUUUGAGGUGAAACAGUUUGAGUUCAGAGAGAAGUUUCGAACUGGAGUCAUUUUCAGGAUGAGCGUGGAGGAGCCUUAUAAAGAAAUUGAUAAGGUUACGGCCGAGCUGUUUGAGGUCAGCUUCCCAGACUACAAGCAACUGGGCCAGUGUCGCUCUGACAUCAUACUCGUCAAAGCCGUGUGGGAUAUGCUCGUUUUUGUCAAGAGCAUCAAAGAGGCUUGGACCAAGGAGAUCAAUGUUGAGCAGAUGGAGGUGGAGCUCAGACGCCUGGCAAAGGAGAUGAAGAUGCUGCAAAAGGAGGUGCGGGUGUGGGAGGUCUACACAGGCCUGGAGUCAACGCUGAAGAAUGUGUCGACCUCCCUGUGAGCAGACAAUGAGCUGCAGAACUCUGCUGUCAGGGACAGCUAAUGGACGCAAUUAACCCGACCUGAAAGUUGAUCGCGGUUGUCUUGGAUGACCGUUCCCAUGGUAACGCUGGUGAUGGGAGAGUGCACCACCUUGGGGAACCUGCUGGAAUUACAGCUUGAUGGCGUGGAGGACGAGGUGAAGAACAUAGUAGACAAGGCCGUGACAGAAUGGCCAUAGAAAAGGUCGGUACUACUUCCUAUCACAAAUACACACUUAAGAGUUUAGCAACCAUUUGAUGAUGUUUCAUCCAGAGAAAGUAUGACAGAAUGAAGAAGACAGUGUGCAGCUUGCAUGGCAGUGUAUACUUUCUCUGGGUCAUGCUCACCUGACGCUUAUUAGUAGUAUUGUGUACUUUUACCUGGACAGCGCUUUUAUUUUUUCAUUCGACUUCCUGUCUACCUCAUGCAACAAUUCUUCUCAAACAAAGAGGAGAAAUAUAAUCUUGUAAUUCAAAACAUUUGUAUGCAGGUACAACACUUAAGACCUUCAGUAUAUCAGGAUGUGGAAUUCAAUGAUGGAAUGAUCAGUGGUUCUCAAGCUUUUUUCAGUGAUGUACCCCCUGUGAACAUGUUUUUAAUUCAAGUACCCCCUAAUCACAGCAAAGCACUUUUGGUUGAAAAAAAGAGGUAAAGAAGUAAAAUACAUGUCAUCAGUUUCUGAUUUAUGAACUUGUACAACAGUGCAAAAUAUUGCUCAU